GUGGACGUCACAGGAACGCCCCAGAAAGAAGAAGAAAAAAAGAAAAGUGUGUAAUGACAGUGAAUUGGCUUUUGUUUCUGCCAACAGUCCGGAGCAAAACUACAACCACCUCAUGCUGACGAUGAUAUGGCAGCUGGAAGAGCAAGUUCAUUUCGUCGUGUUGGGAGUCUCAUGCGGAGUAAAUCUGAGGGGACACUGAUUGAUCUAAAUGACAAAGUCACAACCAGUGACAGCAGGAAUGAUGUGUCACAGAACUCUGAGUGGUUACUUUCACAACCAUCCGACGCACGUUCAUCUCAGUCAAAAAAUCCGUUCUGGAACAAACUGUCUGCAUCGAAUCCUUUCUUAGAUGACAUUGAACGCAGCAGCACGGAGAAACCCCUUUCAAGCACUUUCCAUGUUAAAUCAGACAAUGAAAGUCCUACGGAAACGAAUGACGAUUGUGCCUUCAGCACAUCCUCGGAUGAAGAGAACACGGGGACCUUUUCGGGAAACCAACACGGAGCCAUCGACAGAUCGGGGAGAUGCAGAAGUGCCUCCGACAUCCUGGACGAUCUGGAGAGAAAAGUGCCAAAACGAGAGAACAGCUUCAAGCCGCCCAGGCCGGUGCUCAACCCGGAUUUUGAGUGGCUCAAGAACGACAGAGAGGCCUACAAGAUGGCCUGGCUGAGCCACAGGCAGCUCACCCGCUCAUGUCUGGAUCUAAAUCUCAUGAGCCAGAGUCCGGGGUGGGCUCAGACACAGGCCACGGGCUAUCAGGUCACUUGCAAGGUCGGCCACGCCGGAGGCUCGGUGCAGUUGCCAGCCUCAAAAAUUAGCAUCCAUCUCCCCGAAGGCCAUGUUCCUCCAGGAGAAGUCCAGGAAGUCACACUGAAAGCAAAGCUAGACCCUCCACCCGGACUCAAUAACAACUACAUGACCACCAUGAGUCCACUUCUCGAGGUGGUCCUCAGCAAUAUCAACAUCAAGGAGGGAAUCGCUCUGGAGAUGAAGCUGGCCGGAGAGGUGAAGAGCGACCCGCUGAGUCAGGUGAUGACCACUGUGGUCGGCAUGGUGUCCAACAAAAAAGAAGGACCUUACGCGAAGGUCAACAACUGUUACAUUUACAAGAAUAUGAUGCAAAUCAAGCUGCGGGACUUUAAGACACAUUUUUUUGUAAUCGCAGUCGCAGAGGCAUCUGCGAUCCAGUCUCCUGCUACCUCAGUGUGGGAUUACCUUGAUCGCAGAAUCACCGUAGCAGUUUAUGGUCCCAGGUUCAUCCAUCCGUCAUUCAAGGUCGUGGUAGUAGUUUGCGGCCAUGGGGACGUUCCGCCGAGGCUUCCGUUUUCAGACAUCUGCAGGGGAAACAAAAAUGUACCUGCACUUGUGCUGCAGCUUUGGGGAAAACAUGAGUUUACGCCGGAAAAACUGGACAACCUGCAUGUCGGUAUCAGCCUCACAGGCUCCGUGUUUAAAGUCAAACCCGGGGACAGCCUGAAAGAAGUGAGACACGGUCGGCUCUUGCUAGGCACGGUUUUUCAUCUGCCGGUAGCGUUGUCUUGUGCUAGAAAUACCAAAAUGACUCCUUUCAACUUAGAUCUAGAGGUGAAAGAUUCAAAAGCUGCAAUUGUUGCACAUUUCCAGGUGCCUUCGCCUCCCGCAGCACCCAUCAGGGCAGAGAAGCGAGUGCCGAGGCUGACGGAAAAGCAGAUUGAAAUGCCACGAAGCCCACCUAUCACUGAGGAAAGUGCUUCAGAUUCCCUCAAAUUCACAGACAGACCUGUGAACCUACAGUGUUACGGUGUGGCCUUAAAGUCAGUCUUCCGCCAGCCACGUGUAGACUACCUUCUGGAGUAUUUCAAGGGGGACACUGUGGCCCUCCUGUCCAGAGAGACGGUCAAGUCAGUGGGUAACUCAAAAGUGAAGGAGUGGUAUAUCGGGUUCCUCCGAGGCAGGACUGGUUUGGUUCACUGCAGGAACGUCAAGCUCAUAACCGCAGAUCAAGUGAUUGACUUCACCGGCGUUCGAGUCAGCACAGAGGUCCUCUUGGACAACAUGACGCUGCCCUUCAAGAAGCUUACUUACAUGUACUCCGCCAUCCAGACACUGGUCACUGAACACAUAACGAGCUGGAGAGGUCUGGCCGACGCGUUAGGGUACAGCGAGCUGCCGCUGGACACGAUCACGCGGACGCACGCCGAAACCGAGGCCGACAAAGUGGCCUGCGUGCUUGAAAAGCUGAAGGAAGACUGCCAUGCCGACAAGAGCAAGAAGAAGUUUCUGCAUGAGCUCAUGGUGGGCCUGUUGAAGAUGGACUCCGUGAAUCUUGUGGCCCGGCUGAUUCAGAACACGGUCAUUUUGUCCACGGCCGUGGAGCUCGGAGCUCGAUGGCGGGAACUCGCGGAGAAGACGGACAAACUAUCCAGUGCUCAGAUAGCGGGCUACGAGGCACCACACAGAGGCAAGAGCAAGGAGGUCGGGGCCCAGGCAAUGUGGAAGCCGGCCUAUGACUUCCUGUAUUCCUGGAGUCUGCGGUAUGGAGACAGCUACAGGGACAUGAUCCAGGACCUGCACUUGGUCCUGGACAAAAUGAAGAACCCGGCCACCAGACAGUGGAGGCAGUUGACCGGCGCCCUCAUCACAGCAAACUGUCUUGAUAUCUUUCGAGCCUCCGCAUACCCAAAUUCCUAGACUUUAUGCAGGUGCACUCUAGCGAUGACGGCGACUUUCGCACACUCUGGAAAAGCAGAGAGGUUUUGUUACACAGCAAAAAGGCUUUGAUCUUAUUUCCAAUGUUACUUUGCUCUUUUUUGUAUAGUUUUACUGUGUUGACAGUUCAAUCAGGUACUUGCACUAAAUGUUUGGCUCUCACUUAGUGAAUGUGAAAUGUGUACAGAACGCUCAUCGUACGAAGAAAAGUGCAGGUUGUGACUUUUCUUGACGUCUCCAUGUAAACAAAUGUGCCUUAAUGUGAAAGAUCAUUUUGAGAGAUUAUUUUCUGUCAAAUGUUUCAGUAGAGAUCAGUAGUUCUCAUCAACAGGAUAUAAAACAUCUCAGCAGCUGUUUUUAUCUUUCAUUCCUUUGCUUGUUAAUUGUGGAAAGACCAGGUUCAAUUAGUAUUUAUUAAACUAAUUGGAUUUCUUCUAGUGCAUUACUUAACUUACUGAAUGUAUUCAGUUAUUGUGGAUUUAGGGAUCCACAGUAUGAUGACAGACAUCAACCUCAUGGAAGUUUGUAUCAAUGGGAUUUUUAAGUUGUAGUUUUCUGUAAAAUACUUUUGUAAUGAUAAUGUGAACACGGUUUCUAACUAACUAUCUCAAGGGUUUCAGCGCUGCCAAGACUAGAGUUUCUGUGCUGGAAAAGUGACAUUUUCCUGAUGCCAGUAAACAAACCAUGAAGAUGCUACUUUAAAGUGUCAUGAACUAUUGUUUUCUUAAAUAUGAGUAUGUCCUUUUUAAACUGUAAUAGAAUGUUUAAGGUAUGUGCAAAGCAGAUCAUUUCAUAGAGAUUGACAAUGUAACCAUUGUGUUGCGCGAUGGAAAGCUCGGUGCAGAGCGUCCAGCCGCAUACACACACGGUGCCUUCAGUCGCUGAAAUGUUCAACAACGACAGAUAUCCUUGAUGGUGAAAUGAAGAUGUGCUUCUGCAGUUAUGAAUAAAUACUAACUGGAGUAAGUUA